UCAACAUCUCAAACACCCAUGGAAGAUGCUCUUCGAUCAAAGAUAACAGCAGCCCUCUCCCCCACCUCCCUAGAAAUCCACAACGACUCCCACAAACACGCCCACCACAAAGCCAUGAAGGGCUCCACAUCACAGGAAACUCAUUUCCGAGUCAACAUAACCUCCCAAGCCUUCCUUUCCAAACCCCAACCCGCCCGGCACCGAAUGGUCUACGCCUUACUCAAAGACGAAAUGGCCGUCGAAGGGGGGAUUCACGCGUUGCAAUUGCGGACGAGGACGGUGGAGGAGGAGGAGAGG